AUAGGUGGGUGAGCAUUUAGAGCAGAACAAGGAUGCGUGAGAUUGCCAGUUGGUUGUACAGCAUACUGACAAAAGAUUUGCAUCAGGCAUUUCCACAUGGGACCUUUAUGCUUUCCUAGUUCCUAACACCCCAUGCUCUAAGUUAAUGAAGUUGUCAACCAAAAUCAGCUGAUCGACCAAUUAAUGGCAGUCUUUGCUCAUUGCUGAAGCCUCUGCACUUGAAAAAAGUUCCAUCUUUGUGCAUUAGAUCUUCUUCUGUUUCAAGAAGAAGGUGAUGGAACUGUGAUAAUCCACCCAUAGAUGUGAUUAAGGUUGAUGCGGUAUUUUUUAUAGUGGAUUUUAAGGUAGUUGAACAUUAGUCAAGAUGGAGAAAUUGGAAGAAGCAUCGUUUGCUGAAACGCCCACAUGGGCUGUGGCGACAGUCGUCACAGUUUUGGUGAGCGUUGGUUUCUUGAUCCAUGGCAGUUUGAAAAAGUUUGGGAAGUGGUUGCACGGGACGAAGAGGAAACCUCUUUAUGCUGCACUAGAGAAAAUCAAGGAAGAGCUUAUGGUUUUUGGACUUCUAUCACUAUUGAUGGGUCAUUGGAUCAUUUAUAUUGCAAAGAUCUGUGUCAAAUCAUCAGCCUUGAGCAGCCACUUCUAUCCAUGUUCUCCGCCAAGAAACAAGAGGGAGUCAGCAAUUACGAAAUUUGUUUUAUCAGGUUCUUCAUACUUGAAUUCAACUUCAAGUUCAAGGCUGCUGUUAAGUGGCAGGAAUGAAGAUUUUUGUCCUGAGGGUCUCCAAUCGUUUGCUUCAAAGGAGAGCCUGGAGCAGCUCCAUCGUUUUUUGCUUGUCCUCGGUGUUAGCCAUGUGUCUUAUAGCUUUUUAGCUAUCGCCCUGGCAAUGAUCAAGAUAUACAGCUGGAGAACAUGGGAAAACUAUGCCAAGUCAAUGGCUCUUCAAAGACUGGAAGGUUCUGAAGAAUCUGUCCCAAACAAUAAGAGAAUGGGGCGUAUAUCAACUUUUACUUUUCACCACACUGCCCACCCAUGGAGUCAGCACAGGGCUCUAGUUUGGCUGCUUUGUUUCAGCCGCCAGUUCUGGAGUUCUAUAAAUGAAGCUGACUACAUGGCUUUGCGCUUGGGUUUUAUUACUACUCAUCAGCUGCCAUUAACUUAUGAUUUCCAUAAGUAUAUGCUUCGAAGCAUGGAGGAAGAAUUUCGUGAUAUUGUUGGUAUUAGUCAUACAGAUAUAUGUUCAAGUUUUAUUAUCGGCAUUCCAUGUUACCCCUCAAUAGCUAUGGUGAUCAUGUUUGGACGCUGUGUUCCACUGUGGAUUUUCGUCAUACUUUGUGUAUUUUUAAGCUUUCACGGCACUAAUAUCUACUUCUGGAUCUCCUUCUUUCCUGCUAUUUUAAUCCUUCUGGUUGGUACCAAGCUUCACCAUGUGGUGGUUAAGCUGGCAGUUGAAAUCAUGGAUAGUAGUCCACGGGAAGGAUUUCAUCAGUUUAACCUCAGAGACGAGCUCUUCUGGUUUGGGAAGCCCAGGCUUCUGCUGCGGAUAAUACAAUUUAUAUCAUUCCAGAACGCAUUUGAGAUGGCAACAUACAUUUGGUCACUGUGGGAAAUUAAGGGAUCAUCGUGUUUCACAAAAAAUCAAACCUUUCUCGUGAUUCGCUUGUCAUUUGGGGUUAUUUCUCAAUUCUGGUGUAGCUUUGUCACAUUUCCACUCUAUGUUAUUGUUGCUCAGAUGGGUUCCAGAUACAAGAAGACCAUUGUUUCAGAGAAUGUUAGGAAGUCGCUACAUGGAUGGCGACACAAGGUGAAAACCAGACUCGAAGGUUCAGUUGUUAAUCAAGAAAGAUUAUUAGCGACCACAGCAUUGGACUCUGUGGAGGAUGAGACAGAUCAAAUUCAUGGCAUUGCUACCAACAGCACAGCGGGAUGCUCCCCAUUGUUCGAAAAUACUAUGGUCUCAGAUCAACAAAUCGCUUUUGAGCAAAAUUGCACGAAUGAAAUCUCAGAAUGUGAUGAUGAGUUACAUGUUCCAUUUUCUCCUCGACAUUGAGGAGAGGUUUGGUGAAAAAUAUGAUGAUGGAUCAAACAAUGACAAUAUAAUUUCGUGCCUUCUA